AUGAGUAUUAUAUUGAGUAACACUGGGUAUCGCAAAGGAUAUUCAUCACCAUGUCUAUGGAUCCUUACAAAGGACAAUAUCCUCUUUUUCAAAAACGAACAGUCCGUGAAAAGGAAGGAAAAGCCAUUUGCUGGGAUUCCAAUCAAAAGCAUUGUAAGUAACUCUAUUAAGCAAGAGACCCCAUCACAAUUCUGUCUCUCAAUCUUCGAGUCCCAACAAACUACAGGUCUCUUGGGAGACUACAAAACACUUUCUUAUUGGCUCCAAGCUAUUAACUUUGUCAUCCAAGACUUGGUCCAGAGCAGACAAGAACUCGAGUUCUUACUUAACUCACAAGUCCAGUCACAAAACAAUGACUCUACUAAAAACCCAUUUGCUCCACCUCCUCAACAACAACAAACAAGAAGAGAAGCACCAACUGGUAUCACAAGAAAACCACCACCAACCGCUGUGACGGCACCAACUACUUCGAAAGAUAACUCUAGCCAUAAACCAGCGGCUGGGAAGAGAGAACCACUCAUAUUGUCCGACUGUCCGACGGAGUCGUUAAAUCAGAAAGCAAUGCGACAAGCUGUGUGUGUUGAGUUUGUUACAAAUGUGUUAGGAAAGACUGUGAAAAUCAGUGAUUUCAGUGAUGGGAGUUUGUUCACAACUCUCUUUGAGAAAUUGUCUGGGAAUAAGUUGCAAGUGAAGGAGAAUGCGAGUGAGAUGUGCGACAAGAUACACAACAUUGGGACGGUCAUAGCAACACUUUUGUCUUUGGACAACGUUUUAGUGAGUAUCGACCCGAUGGACAUCAUCAGAGGAAACGAUGCGGAGACAGUGAAACUGAUCAUGGCGUUCUUUGAGAUCUUUGUCUUAAGGAAAGUGACUGUCAUGAAACAACGUGGGAUGGAUGGGUUAUUAGUAUGGGUGAAUGCAAUGUUAGAAGGGUCUGGCAUUCAAUUAGAAGACUUUGCGCAGACGUUUACUGAUGGGAAAGCGUUUGGAGUGAUAAUAGCGAAGAGAAGACCCGAUUUGUUAGACGCCAAGUUCUUGUCGAGUGGCAGUGCAUCAGUGAAUUAUUCAUUUGUCCAAAAAGCUUUAAAUAAGUGCAGGUGUAAAAUAAUCCCCGACGAAAUCUUCAUGGACGACCCCGAUGAAAGCUCAGUGAUUAUGACACUUGCGUCGAUGAUGAUUUGUUUAGGAUGA